AGUCUCCUAGUUUCAGAGGAAGUGUCCUCCGCUUGUCGAUUUUUGUGCAGCUGUUUACUUCUAGUAAACUAAACAUUUGUCAACAGCAAACUCACCGUCCCGCUUAUCAGUUGACUCCGUGGUUGCCAAGCAACACAGGAAAGGGCAACACGGACUCCAAGUUCCAUGAUGCAAUCCGUGUCAUGUUGGACGCUUCUGCAGCAGCAGGCGGGAGAAGACCGGUUUGAUAAAAAUGAUUUGGUAGCUGUGAACCCGUAUUAGUCGACGUCCGUUGUUAUUAAAAAAAAUACUUGCACAAUCCUCACAAUGAGAAGAACAACAGAGAAUCAAGGAAACACUCGAACACUUGCAGAUUAUUACUCCCCGAGAGCUAAAGGAAAGGACUUCACACUCCAGCAGCGCUUCCAAUCCCAUUUCACAUCUUUUGCCCAGGAGAGUCCAAUGAAACCCUCACAGGUCCCUAAUCGACUUCCUCGCCCGGCACCCAGGGGAAUGUUUCCACGUCAAAAACCUGAGUUGUACCCAGUAUCCCCUUGCCCGGACCAAAGACAUAAACGAACAUCUUCAACUGAAAAGUUCAUUCCAGCAGUGGACUUGAACAGCUCUUCCCUGAAGAGGAGGAGGGAGUCUGAGGACUGUGUUGACAGUGCUGUGAAUCUGGGCUGUGAAAACUCUUGCAAAGCACAGACACCAAGGCCAACUGCUGGCAACUCACUGAGGACUUCACUUGUGCCAUCAUCAAGACAAUCUUUAUUUCCUGAACAGUCACUUAAAACUACAGACAACCAUCCUCGAAAGGAAUCUGUAUGGGGCCAAUCGACUUCACUCAGACCUACCCAGUGUUCUUACCCAUCGCUGUCACUUGUUCCUUGUACAAAGAAAAAAAACCCAAUGGGAGCAAAGCAAGCCUAUGUAGAGCAUACUCAGAACCAUACUCUGAGGCUAAAAGAUGUAUAUGUACCUUCAAGGGAAAUUGAAGAAAGUUUAACCCAAAGAAGAGAGGAAAUCAAUAAAUCGGAUAAAUCUAGCUCUUCGUUUUCCCCUGGAGUUCCGCAGAAAGACAAUGGUUCUUUUCGCUCAGGGAGCCACCACUCUGGUCAUUCUCACUGUAGUUCCUCGAUCCUGCCGGUCAAGAACCCGGACAGAGGUCAUAAGCUGGAGGAGAAUAGAAAGUUGGGUAGCGUCACUCCCAAGCCAGCCUCAAAACCAAAUUCAGAUUCUCUGAGUAGUUCCGCAGUGAAACGGCGCAAAACUGCCCACUCAAGAAGACCUGUUGCAAUCCCAAAUGAUAUAGAUGACCUUUUCACCCCUGAUCCUAUGACAUAUGUUGUUAGCCCUUCCCAUAAAAUUUCAAAGCAAAAUAUAGAUGGGGGAGCGAUCAGAUCCCCGGCCCCAAUGAUUUGUUGUUCUGGAUCCUCGCGUCACGAAAUUCAGAAGGUCAAAAUAACUGGCUCUCCUCAUGCAGGCGACACAAACCCCUCCUCACAGGUUCCAGGUCACCCACUAUCCUUUUUGCCAACUGUAACUUUGAUGCGAGUUAAUCUUGAAAACCUUAGACCCCCUCACAGUAAAGACAUUGAACUCAAAAACGAUCACAUUACGCUUUCAAGCAGGCAGCCUGAGGAGGAAAGUGUUAAAGCUAAUGAGAAACACACAACCUACCACUCCAACAAUGUGAGAGCAUGCACUUUAGAGACGGACCCCGCUGCCUCUGGACAUACUUCUACACAUCCUUGUGUUCAGUCCCCACUGCUGGAAAGGCAGGCAAGUGGAGAGGGGAGCCAGCAGGUGAAUGAUGUGCGUCCUGUAGAUGUGGAGCUAGACCUGGACCUGAGCUUGGCGUUAGACAUGGAUCUACCUCAGAGCUCCCAAAGCAGUGAAGAGGAGAAGCUGCUUUCUCCGCAGGAGAUGAUGGAGCGUGCAACCAAGCCUCCAGAUACCCCCGAGAAGGGAGCGUUCUCAGAGCCAGGUUCUGGAUCCUUGUGUCGCAAAAUUCAGAAGGUCAAAAUAACUGGUUCUCCUCAUGCAGGCGACACAAACCCCUCCUCACAGGUUCCAGGUCACCCACUAUCCUUUUUGCCAACUGUAACUUUGAUGCGAGUUAAUCUUGAAAACCUUAGACCCCCUCACAGUAAAGACACUGAACUCAAAAACGAUCACAUUACGCUUUCAAGCAGGCAGCCUGAGGAGGAAAGUGUUAAAGCUAAUGAGAAACACACAACCUACCACUCUAACAAUGUGAGAGCAUGCACUUUAGAGACGGACCCCGCUGCCUCUGGACAUACUUCUACACAUCCUUGUGUUCAGUCCCCACUGCUGGCAAGUGGAGAGGGGAGCCAGCAGGUGAAUGAUGUGCAUCCUGUAGAUGUGGAGCUAGACCUGGACCUGAGCUUGGCGUUAGACAUGGAUCUAACUCAGAGCUCCCAAAGCAGUGAAGAGGAGCAGCUUCUUUCUCUGCAGGAGAUGAUGGAGCGUGCAACCAAGCCUCCAGAUACCCCCGAGAAGGGAGCGUUCUCAGAACCUGGUACGCCUGGACCUCGCAGCUGCAAGCUAAAAACACAGGCAGUGCCAUCCUACACAAAGUCAGGCAACUACAAGAACAGUCUUGACCAGAUGCUGAAAGAAAUUAGCACCAACAAAAGAUCAAAAGAGAUUGAGACGCAGCUUCUGACUGCAUGCAAAGAGGACCUGUUGAAAAUAGCUGAAUAUGAGGAGGCUGAGGAGAGCCGGGAGGAGGGGAUCACCACUGAACACCAGGAGUUUCUGCAGCGCUUCUCGUUGAUGUCCAGUGCAAUCAGGGAGGUGCCUCCAGGAGAAAUGGUGUUCAAGCUGGAGAAAUUUGGCCAGAUCUUCAACCAGAACAUGCUGCAGCUCAGAAAAUGCAUGCUACAUCCAGAGGGGGCCGCUCAGAAAACACUUCUUUGGUCCAGCCCUGCUCAACUGAGAUUACAUGUAAAUAGUGGAUUGUUCCAGGAAGCUUACGCUUGUCAUUUGCCCUGUCCAACUCAGGUUACACGUUUUCUCUUCAAGAUGAUGUCAGUCCAUAAUGAGAGGAUGUUGUCUGAAAAUAUACUGCAGACCCUUUGUGACAUAGCCAGCACUGCUGCUUAUCAAAUAGUUAAAAACGGAAGCCAGAAGUUUGAAGUGUGGGUGCCCAGUUUGGCUGAUGUGGCACUGGUCCUGAUGAACAUGGGAGCUUCCUUUGUUACCCUCUUUCCUUUUGAAAAUCUGCAGCCUCCAUUCACUGAGGGAGAUUUGCUGGAGGAUGUCUACAUCAAAACAGAGAGUCCGUCCAGUAACGAGGAACAGAGCACUUUCCCUGAACACAACUGCGUCAACGUCCUGAAGUACCUGUCGUACUGCAUGGGCCUCUGUCCACGGGCCUACAGCGACGGUGAGCUGCUGCUGUUACUUACAGUGUUGGAAAAGGUGGGGCUGGACACACAGCUCAUCCUCCAGUACACGUGUGAGAUGUAUUCUCUGCAGCACAAAAUGGUCAACAACUUCAGGGACUGGAACGCCAUGAUGCCAAGAAUCUGUUUGGCUCUCACUGAUCUGACGGAUGACCACCACAACAUGUGCCUGCUUGUUCGAAUGCUUCCUGACAACACUCGUGGAAAGCAACUGCGUCGCCAUCUGAGCCUGUCAAUGAUCUCCAAACUGUUGGAUGGAAAUUGUACUUACACACCUACAGGGGAGGAGAUUCAGCUCUCUGAACUGAGGCGCUUCCUGCCCCGCAUGCAGCCCUCGACCCUGCUUCGAAACCUGCAGAGGAGUCAGAGGGAAAAGGAGGACAUGGCAACCCUGGACCAACAGUCCUACUACCUCUGCUAUAGCCUUCUGACCUUGGCAAACGAAGUUUCCAACUUUCAGAUCUUCCCAGCUCAUCAAAAGGAGCACCUGCUGAAUCUGUGCUCUGAGCUGGAAAUGCAUGUGAAGUGUGACAUCAGGGAGAGUGAGAAAUGUCUGUACCGAAGCAAGGUGAAGGACCUGGUUGCCAGGAUCUACACCAAGUGGCAGAUACUUCUUCAGAAGACAAGGCCUCUACAUGGUAAGUUGUAUGAUUUCUGGCAGCCUUCGUCCGUGGAUAUUUUGACAAGCUCCCAAGAAGAUCAGGAGGGGAACAGCAAUGAUGAAGGAGAGGAGGAUGAAGAGAAGGAAACCAGGGAAGAGAACGAGGUCGAGGUAAAGGCCGAUGAAGAUGAGAAGGAAAAGGGAGACGAUGAGCCAAACAAGACAGGGGGAGACACAGAGCGUCUUUUGCAUAACAAGGAAACGUCGGAGAUGGAGGUUCAAGUAAACACAGAGUCUGAAGUAAUGGAAGAACAUGAAGAUGCCAAAAACAAACAGCGUACUGAGUUUGAAGCUGGAAAUGACGUUGAAACAAAAGAGAGUCCUCAGAAUAACCGGCCCGGAGGCAGGUGAUUUAAUGUCAUAGAGAUUUGUAUUUGUUCUCAGGGCUUUGUUAGCUAUUGCCUUAAUGUUUAAGCUCAAUUUGCACUGUAAGCUAAUCACUUACCUCCGACGUUGAUUGUCAACACAAAUAUUAAUUGUGUAUUAAGAAAUAAAAACAUUUAGGAAGAGAUCCCCAAAUUUGUAAAUGGCCAAGGCCUCGUCUUGUUUUUGCUUAGUGCUGCUCAAGAAAUAAAAUCUUGAUUCAUUGUCUUUAAAAAAAAAAGUCCUAUUUAAUGUACUUCUGGAGUGUGCAAUUUGUUAAACUUGUGUUUGUAUGUGUUUUAUUGUUGUGUUCUACCACCUAAGUUUAUUUGUUAAGAUGUAGUCAAUCCAGAAAAUUACUUCAUUUUUUUUUUUUUAUCCUAACCAAUAAGUUAACUUUAAACUGUAUAUACGCUGCAUAUAAUCUCGGAGAGGAAAUAUGCCCAAGUAUAUACAGUAUAUAAUCAAAUGAUGUUUACCUUCUCCUCUGGUGCACUUGUUUUUCUGUUUUUACAUGAAGCAGUGUCAGGAAGAAUAGCUGCCUUUGGUACUUCUAACCACAAUGUUAUGCAAUUUUUAAAUUCUACUUCUACUUUGUAAAUAAUUUCCAUACAAAUAUCUACUUUUUUGUCGAUUAAGUGUUUCAUUUCAAAUGUGUGUUGUGUUGAAUUUGUGUUUCCUUUUUGGAAAAUGUUUUUUUUAAGGAAGAAUACACGUUUUUUUGUAUUGUGUUUGUUGCUAGAUAGCGAAAAUAAACAGUUUACAUGUCAA